CACACAGACACACUCUGGGAGUGAGUGGAUGAUCGCAUGAGCAGGAAGCGCUGACCGUACACAGAUAGAGAGAGAAAAAGAGAGACAGAGAGAGACAGAGAGUCCGAGAGAGACAAUCCAGCAUUCACAUUUUCAGCUCAUACUGAGAGAAGACAAACUACAUAGCCACUGCUGUGCUCUUUCCACACUGCUGUGUGGAAGUAAUUCUGAAAAGCAAAGCUCCUCUCCGUUACUCUGGCCAGGGGACAUUUUUGUAUCUUAUUAAAAAAAUUGGGAUAUUCCGUGUGACAUGUUGCCCUCGUUUCCACGAGAAUCGUGUCUUUCUUCUGACUGCUCUUUGAACGUGCAGUGCUCUAGCUGUUCCCUGAUAAAGGCUCUUGCUGUUCUCCAGAGGGAAUGACUGAGCACUAAGGAACCAGGAUUGCUUGCAUGUGUGGGACAGUUUUGAAGAAGCAUUUGAAGGCAGAAGAGAGAAAACUGCUCAAGAAAACAUAAAGUUAAGAAAGAAAACAAUAAAGAAAAAACAAACAUAAAAUACUGUUUGCCCGCAAAAUGGAUCUCCCUCCUUUUAGGGUGUCUAUUUCAGUCCUUCCUGGGGGUCGGAUUCAGCACAUCCGGAAUCUCAUACAGUUUAUUGUCAUUCAAUCCCACUGUGUUCCCAGAGGGGCGAGAGGGGCAGAUCCCAGGGUCCUGGUGCCUGAAAACACAAGACCAGCCACAAUUAAGCCUGGCCUCUAGGAGCGUAUAUAUGCCCUCUGCGAAGCCCACAGGCCUUACCCCCUGCGACUACCAGCUAAUCAACCCUCAGUCAGCAAUUGCCAAUCUGCCACUCUAUCUGAGUCAGAGAGAGAGAGCAGAAAUGGAAAAUGGAUAUCUCUAAUGACAGUUAGCCUGCAGGAAGUCAGACUGGUCUGUUGACUGGCUGCAGAAUUGUUGGGUGCUUAUCAGCAGCAGCAGGGGUCAAUGAAAGGAGACUGGACACUUUAAAAUAGCACCACAGCAUGAUGUCAUUGGCCCACAUCCCAUCAGCCCCCAAACAAACGGAUGGCAUCGGCACCUCAUUUACCUGAUGGCCACACCCUUCGAGCUGUUCCAAUGUUGUCCAGUGACCCUUUACAGGACAAAUGUUUUGCCUUUUCUCAUUUGCCUGUUCUCUCCUCCCUGUUUGGAGGUUUAAAGUUACUCUCAGUCAGUGGUGUGUGGUGACGUUUAUGAAUAAUAUGCUCUUCUCACCAUCUUCCUGCCCUGGAUUGGAUUACCCUAGCCAAGGAUGUGUGCAAGGUAACGGGUGCAAGGACCCCCAGGGCAGAGCCGCGAGGUUUAUCCGAUGUACCGUGAUAUUGGUCAGCCUUGCAGCUCAGCCCCUACCCUGGUGGGCCUAAAAGAAUGGAUCCAGUACCACCUUUUCGGAUGGACCCUGAAAGCCUGGAUCUUCAGCAGGUCCCUGUGUUGUCCAUUGACCAGAUCCGUGCUAUAAGGGCUAAUAAUGACUAUGUGGAACGCCCUGUGGCAAUGGAGCCUGCCUCUCAGGUUGGUAUCAUCUAUACACGUGAUGAACGACACCCUCAGAUGUCUCGCAGUCAAAGUCAGCACCAACAUUCCCAUUUGGCCCACUUAAGUCGCUCCAGUACCGUGAGCUCCAUGUCCCGUGGCAGUGCUGCUUCGGAUCAGAGACUUCUUACUGGAUUAACGCCUUCCCAUUCUGGUCUAGCGACUGUAGUGAGGUCCCAGCCCAAAGGUGACUUGAAACCCGAGUCGCUGGGCAAAGGACUGGCUGACGGUGAGGACUUGGGCCUUCAUCUCUUCAUCUGUGAAUGUUGUGGCCACUGCAAGUGCCAGGAGUGCUGUGCCCCUCGUAAUUUGCCCUCCUGUUGGACCUGUGGCCAGCGCUGCUUGUGUUCUGCAGAAAAAGUCUUGGAGUACGGCACCUGCCUGUGCUGUGUGAAGGGUCUGUUCUACCACUGCUCGACAGAUAAGGAGGACAACUGUGUCGACCGACCAUGCUCCUGCGCCCCAGCUCAUGCCUGCUCCCGUUGGAGUGCUAUGGCCUUCCUGGCACUCUGCCUGCCUUGCCUGUGCUGCUACCCUCCUGCCAAGCUGUGCCUCACUCUGUGCCAGCGUGGCUACGAUCGUGCCACCCGUCCCGGCUGCCGAUGCAGCAACACCAACACUGUGUGCCGCACGAUCUCUGCCACCAACCCUGCGGCCUUUCGUAAAACCCUGGAAAAGCCUGUAUGACAGCAUGAAUGAGCCUCUUGCAAUCCUCCUUUGAGGAGACACCUCUGAUACUGAAGCAGCUUGGGAAUUCUGCUAAAAGAACUGACCUACUCUAAACCAAUCAGGCCUCCCUGCAUCAUGUCCAUCAUCAUGUAUCCUAUUUCCCUAUUUUUUUUAGUAAACCCUUGUCUAUUUAUUUAUUUAUUAGACUUCCAGGAUAGAAUUGGGUAAUGUAAACCGUAUGUAACAUACAGGGAGUACGCUAUCGUCUAGACAUGGGAAGCUGUCAACAGAAGUCAGCACUGAGUCUGUCUUCUUCAGCCUUACUGAAUGAACUAUAAGCAAGCUGGCUCAUUCUAGACUCUAUGUGGAUACAGGGCACUGGUUAGGGAGAAGAGCCCAACCAAAAAAAUCUAUGUAAGUCAAUUCUGUUUGACACCAAAAAUGGGACCAUAAAAAAUCUGAAUAUUAAGCUCACCUAAGAGGGAUGUGUUUUAAGAGAAUUGAAAAGGAGAGACAUUGUGUGCAUGAUUGUGUGUUAAGGAAGAAGAAGGAAAAAUGUGUGCGUGUGUGCAUGUGUGUAUGUGUGUACAGUCUCAGGAUGGCAUCUGUUGUCAGCAGAAGCCUCUUUUUUUAUUUUUAGAGGAGCUACUCUGAAAGAUAAAGUGUCUGGUCAGGUUUCCAGCCCAAGGCAGCCUGACGCCAACCUCUCCCAAGCACUAUUACAUCCUCAACUCUCUUUUCUGCUUCUGCCAAUUGUGCUUUCCACCUGCUCAACAACAGCGAUAGGAUCCUUGACUGUAUCUGCAUCCAACCACGUUGUGGGACCAAACAUCAAAAGGGACUGUCUGUCCAACUUUGACCGUGCUCUCAGGAUUAGAUACAAGCCAUUACUUUGAGGGCUCUUGGACGAAUUGGCCAGACAAUCUGUAGGACCAUGCUUUAGGUUAACAUCAGAUCUGAGCAUUAUCAGCAAAAUGAAGCCAUUGUGGUUCCCCAGUUAUGCCAUACAUGCGACAUUAGAAUUUCUAAGGACUUUGGCCUUUCCUGUGGUUCUCUGGUUGGCCCUGAAUGCUUCACAGGAAAUGAGGUUAAUGGAGACUAUUGUGUCAUCUGACAGAAAGAAGGGAUUGAAUUGAGACAAGGGCUUAGUCACCUGGCCAGAACGAGGUAGAAUACAACACUUGGGAACGAGGUGAAACAGAUGCACUGACAUCCAAAACUGGGAAGCAAGUUGAACAAAACCUGUUUCAAGUGUGUGUGUUCAUCCCCAAUAAUGCACAUAUUUGUGAGUUCCUUUGCUAUAUUUUUGUAUGUACAUAGAAUUCUUAUUGUAUUUGUAUUUUUAUUCCAUUUGUUUUAAUCUGGUUAUUAUUACCAUUUUUUUCUGUUACUGUUGGACAUUAACCUUUUAAGAUAUUUGGCCAAUCUGGGUUAAGACUAACCAUAAGGCUGAUUUUGUGUUGUGGAGGAGAGGUCCCUUGUGCAUGGCACAGUGUUCCACUGCUGUACUGUAAAUUACCCUACAAAAUCUUAAUAAUUAGGCUCUUUUUGGUUGCAUGCAUCCAUUAUCAUAAAUUGCUACAGAAAUAAUUAGCUCAAAACUGAUUUAAAUGUGGUGUUCAGACAAGGCCUAAACAUCAUGAAAUGUACUUUUCUACAAUUCCAUGAAAUAAAAUGUCUGACAUAAACAAGUUAAGCCAUUACUGGUUUAGGUUACACACCAGCUUCCAGAGCCAAUCAUAUGUUUUUCUACCAAUACAAUAUUUAUUGGCAUGAGAGCAGAAAACAUGCAUCGCUAUCAGAGGCAAGCUUUCACAGGGUGAAACAGUGAGAAGACACCUCUCCUCCACAGUCACAUCCCAAAAGAAUGGUUUCUAUACGGAGGGUCCAUGAUGUGGGAUUUCAGUGUGUAGGUACAUACAAUUUACAAGAAUGUCUAACUGGUGCUGUCCACAGUCUCUUAAGUUAACCACUAAAAGUUCACAAUGUUGUAUUAAUAAGUAUUGCUUUGGUACAAUUGGCAUCUUGUAAGUUGUAAAAGAGUUAAAGAGGAAUAUAUAUAUAUAUAUAUAUAUAUAUAUAUAUAUAUAUAUAUAUAUAUAUAUAUAUAUAUAUAUAAAGUCUAUACAAAUGAAUAUAUUAUAUAUAAAAAUAUAUAUACAUUUUACACUUUUUUUGUUGCUGAUAUUAUCAUAAAUCCACAGAUAUUUAUUUAAAUAGUUGCAAGGAAAGCUAUGUAUUUAUUUCGGGUGAAUGAUGAAAAGAAAUUAAAUGAAAAGACCUAUGUGAUGAUUUCAGCUUUUUUCAGAGUGGAUUGGUGGGUGUGGCCAUAAGGCCAUGGAUAAUAAAUAAAAUGUUUUGAAAUAA